AUUUAGCACAAAUAACCUUAAAAAAUGAACUCGGUAAAAGUGAUUAGAAGUAAUGCAAAAAUGAUUGACUCCCGCCAGCAGCCGAUUAGAAAGUAACAUAGAGAGUAACUGUUUGCGGCAAUGUGAUCGACAACGUGUUGUAUCAGCAAAAUAUGGCAACAAACAGUGAUUAAAUAAUAAUGUUAGUGAAGAAAAACGUAAGGAAACUGAUUUGUCUGCGAUGGACGUACUCGGUGCCCGUUUUGUGUUACUGUACGUUUUUUGUAAUGAUAUGGAUGUUGUCUGUUCCCCUAAAACCCAUAACUCGUAACCAUAAAGAUAAGCCAAUAGCGCUCGAGGAUACUUUCGAAGUGCGGCUGAAGAAUAGCAACUUUAAUUCAGACAAAAAGACUGAGGAGUACGAGGAAAAAAAUGAGUAUUUGAUUAACACUAACAACAACGACAAGAACGAAAUACUGCAAGAUGUGUUUAUCAAAGCAGAUAAAGAUAAAAACGGGAAGUUGGAUAUGAACGAGCUGGCCAAAUGGAUAAGGAAAAAAAUCGUGGAGCACAUUUCUUCCGCUAUCGGCAAUAAUUACGGUCUUUUUACUUUGAUCGACGUGAAUCCGCGUAAUGGGGUUGUCACGUGGAAAGAAUAUCACACGUAUUUUUUGAAGAAACGCGGUUUUAGCAGCAAAUACGUGAAAAAUCACGAUGAAAGGAGGCACAAAGGGCUGCAAAGAUCAAUCAAAGAGCAAAUAAUGCGAGACAAGGCUUCGUGGAUGGAAGCCGCCCGUUCCAACCCGGACUCCCUAACUCUGGACGAGUUCCUGGCGUUCACGCACCCGGAAUCCAGCGCCGCCAACCAGCUGGCGCUCGUCGACGAGCUGUACGACAAGUUCGACCGCGACGGGGACGAUUUCCUCACGGAGAACGAGUUCGCCGUGCUGCAGACCGAGGGCAACGGCGACGAGACGCUGGUCGUGCGGCAGGACGAGCACGAGCGGCGCGCGGAGUUCCGCAAGGCGAUCGACCUGAACGGCGACGGGAAGGCGGACAGGCGCGAGCUGCUGCACUACGUGGCGCCGCAGAGCCCGCGGCACAGCGAGCACGAGGCGGAGGCGCUGCUCGCGCUCGCCGACCUCGAUCGCGACAACACGCUGUCGCUGACGGAGAUACUGGCGCACCCGGAUUUGUUUUUGAAGUCGAAAAUGGUCGACACCGCGAGAAGCUUUCACGACGAGUUUUGACACUUCCUCGUCGCCCGAUCAUAGUCAAUUCUUCAUUGUAUUACCCAAAAGAC